AUGGAUCGGACGACGGGUCUAAACAGGCUGGACUCGCACUCAGAAACCCCCCAUGCGACUUUGAAAAGGGAGUUGACCCAACUGAAGGAAAGCUAUGCUAAAUGCGAGAAGUCGCUGGAGGACGCAAAGAGCAUGAUCGGCCAGGAAACCAAUGAGAUAGUAGUUGACAUCUCACCAGAGGAAGAACCCGAACAGAUCGGGGAUUCUACCUGUUUUGACGAUGAUGUGACGGAGAGGAUCCUGGCGGCCAUAUCGAACGUACAAAGGGCUGUCAACGGGCUAAGGAGCCGAGCUGAGUAUCGCGCGGUAAACCUUGCCCAUGACAAGCACGCCCGCCAGUCUAGUACCAAGUACGAGAUGGAGGCACGGCGUGCGGUGGACGGGAACGCGAACCCGGACUUCUUCCGCGGGACCUGCUCGCUGACGUACACCCGCGACGAUGUCUGGUGGUACGUGGACCUGGAGGAGACCUACGCUAUCGGAGAGGUGAAGAUAUACAACAACAGAGAUUGACCAGAUGGAGCAGUGCGGAGGAGACUACGGCGCAGACUACGAGGAGACCCCGGUGUUCAGCAUCAACUGCGGCGGGAUGUCCGGCCGGUAUGUGGCUGUCAGCCUGCCCGGAGAGGCCCGGUCCCUCAACAUAUGCGAAGUCAGGGUGUACGAAUAUACUGGCCUGGACCCUGCUGACUGGGACUGAACACUGGAUUCAAUCCGGAAAGUGGUCCGAAAUAGUUUAUGGUUGAAGAAUAGGCAUUUAACUUUUAUGUACCUCCCUUGGGAGAUUCCUUCCUUACUUUUCUUGUGUUUUUGAGUGUUUUUACGAUGUAUACGUCGAGCGAUUUCAUGAUGUAUACGUCGGGUUUGCUAUAUGCAUAGUAUUAAUGAAUUUGAGAAAUUUUUGAUACUGCGCACGCAUUUGCGAUCGAGUUUUUGUUUAUUUGCUUGUGUGGACAAUAUGUUUGAAAUAAAGCAUAGCUGUUUUGCUUGUGUGGAAAAUGUGUUUUGAAUAAAGCAUUGCUGUUUUGCUUGUGUGGACAAUAUGUUUAUAAAUAAAGCAUUGCACAAUACAGUUUUCUGGUGUGUUGCUUGUGUUCACAUAUUCUGGAAGAGUUACAAUAAA